GCUCUCUCUUCGCCAACUGCGAUCGUCACUCGUUCUUCCGUCUCUGUCGCAACGUCACGUCUCGUUUUAGCAUCAUGGCAGACAUCACGAAGGAAGAUCUUCGCAAGGAAAUCGCCGCCAUCUUGAAAGACGCCGAUUUGUCGUCGACAUCUGCCAAGAAAGUGCGCCAGGAGUUGGAAGAAAAAUUGGACGCAAAUUUGCAGUCGCGCAAGAAGGAAAUCGACGACUUAGUCAUGGAGUUCGUAAGUUCCAAGGAUAAGAAGAAGAAGAAGGGCGAUUCAGAAGAAGAGGAGGAGGAGGAAGAAGAAGAGGAAGAGGAGGAGGAGGAGGAAGAGUCCGAGGACGAUAAAAAGAAGAAGCGAUCCUCCACAGGGAAGAAACCCGCUGCCAAGAAAGCAAAGAAAGCCUCAGAUGAGUCUGCCAGUGCCAGCGAACCAUCUGAAGGUGAUUCCGAGGAAGAGUAUUCUCCGAAAAAGUCCAAGCCAAUCAAAACGCGCAAACUCCCCCCCAAGAAGAAGAAGGGUUCAGAGUCAGACUCUGAUGAAGAUUGGGGCAAGAAGAAGGGCGGCAAGAAAGGAGGCGGCGGCGGCGGCAAGCGAGGAGGAAGUGGAUACACAAAAACCAUGAACUUGUCUCCCGAAUUAGCAGCUUUGGUAGGUCAAGACGCAAUGGCCCGUCACGAGGUCGUGAAGAAAAUUUGGGGCAUAAUAAAAGAGCGCGAUCUGUAUGACCCUAAAAAUAAGCAGUAUGCCAUCUGCGAUGACGCACUGUUCAAAGUAAUCGGGGUUAAACGUUUCCGUACUUUUGGUAUGAUGAAAUUCUUGAAGAAUCAUUUUAUUAGUUAAAUUAUAACCUCCCUGUUUACUCCCAAAUUUUGACAUCUUUCUAGCGCCUUCUUUCUCCGAGUUUUGCAAUAUUUUUCCAAAAAUAAAGUUACGAAUAGGUUGUUUUGUAGUUGAAUGUUUGUAAGCGCUAGGUGGUAACAUUUAAUGUUGAAUAGACACAUUUACCCAUCAUCCAGUUUAAAGAAUUAUUUUUAUGUUCUUUUAUAUUUAAGCAUAUUUUUUGAACUGAUCUUAGGUUAAGUACAUUUGGAGUUUAUUACGUUACAAUAGGUUUUUUUGUAUGAAAUCACUGUAGUUGUUCGUAUGUGAUUUGUGCACUGUAUAUGUCAUGUCUAAAUUUAUUAUGUGCAUACGACUUUCAUUUUUAUUCAAUAAAUUCGAAACCUCCUACAAUUGUA